AUGGGUCCCUCGAUGUAUGGUCACGGCCACGGCAGUCAAGCAAAUGCCCAAACGGAGCGCCCUUUCAAGUGCGACCAGUGCCCACAAUCAUUCAACAGGAACCACGAUCUGAAGAGACACAAGCGAAUCCAUCUGGCCGUCAAGCCCUUCCCCUGCAACUUUUGCGAUAAGAGCUUUUCGAGGAAGGAUGCCUUGAAGAGACACCGCCUCGUCAAGGGCUGCGGAAACAAGGAUGGCGAGAAUGCUUCAACCGACAACAACCGACGUUCGCCGGGAGAUCACUCCGAUGCCGGGACACCCACCUCGGUCAAGCGCGAGGCAUGA